AUGUUCUUGAGCACCAACUCCACAUCCUCAAAGAUUCCAAGGGCCUUCAUGUGUCAUCAUGUGGGUACUUGGUCUCCACAAAGUCCAUGGAGAAGAGAGCAUUGUAGUGCUCUUGGUACAUGGGGAGCUCAUCCUCCUCUUGCUCUUCUCAGCCUCCUCCAUGGCUCAUCUUGGUUCUCUUGUCACUUCAUCAACCAAUUGGUUCACCUCUUCUCCUUCCUCUUCACUCUCAGUCCUCACUCCUUCCUUCAUUUGGAGACCAUUUCCCUCCUCUUGAACAAGGUUCACUCCAAUCUCAAACUCCCCUUGCUCACUCUCACUACUAAUGGGUCAUUCCUCUUCUUGGUUCUCCUUUCUUCCCUCAAUCUCUCACUCUCAGACUGUUCCUCAGAGUAG